AAACCAUUCCUUUGUGACACUUGUGGAGAAGCAUUUGUUGAAAGAAGAAGCCUAAGUAGCCACAAAAAUAUGAGGUACAUCCAAAGAAGACAUGUAUGUGGAGCAAGCAAUGUUUAGAAAAAGGUGAGCUGGAAAAACAUCAAGUUACCAUGAUUCUGGAAGUCAUUGGAUGAAUUUGUGUGCAAUGUUGGUAAUCAAAUACAGGCUCUGACAUCGAAGAAAAACCAUGUUGUGAUGGUAAGGCCUUCCAAUUAGUUUAAACCGACAUCACUGUGUCCUAACUGGAGAAGAAGCAAUAUUUUGUGCUGUUCGCAGACAUUUUUUAAUCUUGCAAGUGAUUGUUAAAAUUGUCUCUUUAUUAUUACCAAUAUGAAUUCUGAAAAGCCACAGAACACAGAACCAUUUCAUUGUGAUAUUGGGGCAACAACUUUCACACAAGAUCUCCAACUGACCAACAAUCAACCAGUCAACACUGGAGAGAAACUAUUAACUUGUGUCAUUUGUGGAGAGCGUUUUACUAAUCAGGGGGCUCUUACUGACCAUCACCUAAUUCACACUGAGGUGAAACCGGUUUUCUGUGACAUUUGUGGAAAAGGUUUCAUCAGUGAGCCUAGCCUGAUCACCCAUCAUCAGCAAGUCCACACUGGAGAGAAACCAUUUGUUUGUGACAUUUGUGGUAAAGCCUUCUCACAAAAACAUUGCUUGAACAUCCAUGACUGUAUCCAUACUGAAGAGAAAUCGUAUCCUUGUAAAAUAUGUGAACUCCACUUGAUCACUCAUCAGCAAGUCCACACUGGAGAGAAACCAUUUGCUUGUGACACUUGUGGAGAAGCCUUCAGACAAAAAAAAAAAAAAAAACUCCACCUGACUGACCGUCAACGUAUCCACACUAGAGAGAAACUUCUUGUGUUUGUUUGUGACGUUUGUAAAAAAGAAUUCUCUCUUAAAAGUUCGCUAAAUCGUCACCAGAAACUUCACACUAGAGAGAACCCAUUUGUUUGUGACAUUUGUGAAAAAGAUUUUUCUAGAAAAGGCAAUCUAAUUUGUCACCAGAGAGUACACACUGGAGAGAAACCAUUUGCUUGUGACAUUUGUGGAAAAGCAUUUUCUGAAAUAGAAGGUGUAAAUAGACACCGAAGAGUCCACACUGGAGAGAAACCGUUUGUUUGUGAUACUUCAUUCAUUUGUGACAUUUGUGGAAAAGUCUUUAAAUCUAAAGAGAAAUUUGACAAACACAAACUCCUUCACUCUGGAGAGAAACCAUUUGUUUGUGACACUUGCGGAAAAGAUUUUUAUCUGAAUAUUCAUCUAACCUCUCACCAGAGAGUCCACACUGGAGAGAAACCAUUUGUUUGUGACAUUUGUGGAAAGGCAUUUGCUCAUAGAAGUGGUUUAGCGAGCCACCGCAGAGUACACACUGGAAAGAAACAAUUAAUUUGUGACACUUGUGGAGAAGCAUUUGUUGAAAGAAGAAGCCUAAGUAGACACCAAAAGGUCCACAAUGGAGAGAAACCAUUCAUUUGUGACAUUUGUGGAAAAGCAUUUGUUGAAAGAAGAAGCCUAAGUAGACACCAAAAGGUCCACAAUGGAGAGAAACCAUUCAUUUGUGACAUUUGUGGAAAAGAUUUUUCUCUGAAUAUUAAUCUAACCUCUCACCAGAGAGUCCACACUGGAGAGAAACCAUUUGUUUGUGACAUUUGUGGAAAGGCAUUUGCUCAUAGAAGUGGUUUAGCGAGCCACCGCAGAGUACACACUGGAAAGAAACUAUUAAUUUGUGACACUUGUGGAAAAGCAUUUGUUGAAAGAAGAAGCCUAAGUAGACACCAAAAGGUCCACAAUGGAGAGAAACCAUUCAUUUGUGACAUUUGUGGAAAAGAUUUUUCUCAAAAAGUCACUCUAGUUUGUCAUCGGAGAGUACACACUGGAGAGAAACCAUUUGCUUGUAAAAUUUGUGGAAAAGCAUUUUCUGAAAAAGGUAAAUUAAGUAUGCACCAAAGAGUCCACACUGGAGAGAAACCAUUCAAUUGUGACAUUUGUGGACGAUGCUUCGCUUAUAAGUGGUCUCUCUCUAACCAUCAAAAAACUCACAACGAGGAGAAACCAAUUGUUUGUGAUUUUUGUAGAAAAGUUUUCAAAUCCCAAAAGAUAUUCGAAAAACACAAAUGUGUUCACCCUGUAGGGGAGCCAUUUGUUUGUGACGUAUUUUCAGAAGAGCAGUUAAAGUAUUCAGCAACAAUUCCACACUUAAAGGAAAGCAUUGUUUGAGAUAUUUGUGGAAAAAUAUUUUUCACACAAAAUUGAGCUGCCCAGCCAUCAGCGAGUCCACACUGGAGAGAAAAAGUUUGGAUGUGACAUUUAUGGAUUUGGAAAAAAAAACAUUUUCGUCACCUUGGAGUCUUCAUGUGACUGAAAUUUGUGGAAGUGCAUUCUAUGGAAAAGAAGCUCUGAAUAAAUAUCAAAUAGUCAACACUGGUGUAAAAACAAUGUUUGUGUUUGUGAAAAAGUACUUUCUCAAAAAGUCAGUCUAAAAAAAGCUGUCAGUUGCAUGCUAAAGAGAAACCAUGGUUUGAGCAUGGAGGUACAUGUAGAAUGGUUUGAGGGAAGGCUUUCCACUGAAAUUAAAUUACGCUUUGAAAAACCAUCAGUUCUCAACCAAAUGGGAAGUAAAUAUGAAAAUUUUUUGUUGUAACAUUGCUUUGGUUAUAUUGGGUGCGUUCGUUUAGCUUCCCCGGGUCGACCCCGGUGUGUGGCGUUUUCUUUUUCCAGGACGAACGUGU